AUGACCGCCGUUGCGUUGAGGAAUUCCUCGGCUGUCGACGGCUUCCGCGGGGAGCACGGCUCCCGAGUUCAUGAUCCCACCACGGAAGAGUGGUUUGCCACGGUAAGUGCUGUUCCCGUUAUUGAUCAAGGCGUGGUACAUGACCGAUAUGCUGCCGGCGGACUCUCCCCAGAUAGUGACCUUGUCUGGAUCGCCUCCAAAGGCAGCAAUGUUCUCAGAUACCCACUCGAGGGCCAGUCUCUGGUCUCGAAGACCGAGAUUGGUGCUUCCAUCGUUCUGGAGCUCCUUUCCGGGUAG